AUGCUUCCUAGUGUCUUCCCCCACUUUUUAUUGGCUGAGUUUGUUGACUUUGACCCCAUCCGGCUUAGCGGACUAUUGCACUACAUGGCAACAACCGCUCAUUUUUUGCCACGUAUUCCCGCCGACCUUCUAGACCAUAUUAGAGGAUACGCCCAGACCCAAAGGAUAGCCAAAUUCUCAUGUUCGUUUCCGGCAUCUGAACAAAACGCAGAGUGCCUGACCUCCCUGCCUUUCUCUAAAACCUCUUUCACUCGUUCGUUCAUCAUCAAGACGAUGCCGUAUUGCGAGGUUGGGUCGCGGCAGAAUGCCACUGGCGACGCUAACCUCAACAAUGGAAUCAAAAUUUUCUAUAGAACCUACGGUCAGGGACCGACCAAGGUCCUCCUCAUCAUAGGUUUGGCGGGGACUCACGAUUCAUGGGGCCCACAAAUCCAGGGGCUGACAGGGUCCGUUACGCCCAAUGAUGAUGAUGAAAGGAGGGCCGCCGAUGGCUGUGACAAUGAGGCUGGUUUUAGUGGCGGUGGCAUCGAGGUCUGUGCCUUCGAUAACCGUGGUAUGGGUCGGAGCUCCGUGCCCACCCAAAAAUCCGAAUAUACAACAAAAACAAUGGCAAAGGAUGCAAUUGCGUUGAUGGAUCAUUUAGGCUGGAGAGAAGCCCAUGUUUUCGGGCAUUCCAUGGGAGCUAUGAUAGCCUGCAAAUUAGCAGCAAUGGUGCCUGAUAGAAUUUUGUCAUUGGCUUUGCUUAAUGUGACUGGAGGAGGUUUUGAAUGUUUACCAAGGCUUGACCGACACACAUUAUCAAUUGCUGUCCGUUUCUUAAAGGCAAAGACUCCUGAGCAAAGGGCAGCUGUUGACUUGGACACCCACUACUCCAAGGGAUAUCUUGAGGAAUAUGUUGGAUCCAACACGAGAAGGGCAAUUUUAUAUCAAGAAUAUGUAAAAGGCAUAUCAGCAACUGGGAUGCAGUCUAACCAUGGUUUCGAGGGUCAAGUCAAUGCAUGCUGGACGCAUAAGAUGAAACAAAUGGAAAUAGAAUUGAUCCGCUCUGCAGGAUUUCUUGUUUCAGUCAUUCAUGGAAGGCAUGAUGUUAUUGCUCAAAUAUAUUAUGCAAGGCGACUGGCAGAGAAGCUGCACCCUGUUGCUAGAAUGGUAGAUCUUCCUGGAGGGCAUCUAGUGAGUCAUGAGAGGACGGAAGAGGUCAACAAAGCUCUUAUUGAGUUGAUCAAGGCAUCAGAAGCAAAGACAGAGCCACAUGAUUGGACAAAUUUGCCUGAAAAAAGUUUGGGGUGGAUGGCUACAAGAAUGUCACUAAUCAGAAAAAGAACUGAUGAAGGGAACUGUGUAUCUUUCAUGUGCAAUAUGUUCGAAAAGCUACAUCUUUGCCUCUUAUACCUCUUUGGCCUCUUUGCAUUGGCAUUUGAGAAUGCAAGGAGAACCUUCAGAAGUAUAAAACCAGCUAGAAUUGGACAUUCCAUCACAUAG